ACACCUCCAAGCAGACCUCCCGUUGCACCAUCGCCCACUACACCGCCUUCUGCAUAUCGCAAAAAUGUUCGCUGCCCGCGUCUCCUCCACCGUCCAGAAGAGGGCCUUCUCGGUCACUCGCGCCAGGCUUAGCUCGCCCUACCACUACCCCGAGGGUCCCCGUAGCAACAUCCCCUUCAACCCUCUGACCAGGUUCUUCGCUUUCCGCUACUGGACCUUCAUGGCGACCGGCUUCUUUGCGCCUUUCGGCAUUGCCGUCUGGCAGACCAAGAAGGACCAAUAGACGGUUGGUCUCAUGAGUUCAAACCUGGGCGGAACGUGACGGAAGUCUGGGGCACAGCGACGCAGCGGAGUUUGCGCGACUGCUGCACUUGUACAAAAUGCCAUACUUCCAGGCGGCUGUUGUCAGAUGAAAUUACCGUUGAUAUCGUGAUACAUCCAGAGUGCAAUCCGG